CGGAGCCCCGAUGCUGGCCCGGAGGAAGCCGGUGCUGCCGGCGCUCACCAUCAACACCGCCAUCGCCGAGGGCCCGUCCCCCACCAGCGAGGGCGCCUCCGAAGCAAACUUGGUAGACCUCCAGAAGAAGCUAGAGGAGCUAGAGCUAGACGAGCAGCAGAAGAAGCGUCUGGAGGCCUUCCUCACCCAGAAGGCCAAGGUCGGUGAACUCAAGGAUGAUGACUUCGAGAGGAUCUCUGAGCUGGGAGCCGGGAACGGCGGGGUGGUCACCAAAGUGCAGCACAGACCCUCGGGCCUCAUCAUGGCAAGGAAGUUGAUUCACCUGGAGAUCAAGCCAGCCAUCCGGAACCAGAUCAUCCGGGAGCUGCAGGUCCUGCACGAGUGCAACUCUCCGUACAUCGUGGGCUUCUACGGGGCCUUCUACAGCGACGGGGAGAUCAGCAUCUGCAUGGAACACAUGGACGGAGGCUCCCUGGACCAGGUGCUGAAAGAAGCCAGGAGGAUUCCGGAAGAGAUCCUGGGGAAGGUCAGCAUUGCGGUUCUCCGGGGCUUGGCAUACCUCCGAGAGAAGCACCAGAUCAUGCACCGAGAUGUGAAGCCUUCCAACAUCCUGGUCAACUCCAGAGGGGAGAUCAAGCUCUGUGACUUUGGGGUGAGCGGGCAGCUCAUUGACUCCAUGGCCAACUCCUUUGUGGGAACGCGCUCCUACAUGUCGCCGGAGCGCUUGCAAGGCACCCACUACUCUGUGCAGUCGGACAUCUGGAGCAUGGGCUUGUCACUGGUGGAGCUGUCCAUCGGAAGGUACCCCAUCCCCCCGCCGGAUGCCAAGGAGCUGGAGGCCAUCUUCGGCCGGCCCGUGGUCGAUGGGGCCGAGGGAGAGCCCCACAGCAUCUCGCCGCGGCCACGGCCCCCUGGACGCCCCAUCAGUGGUCACGGGGUGGACAACCGGCCCGCCAUGGCCAUCUUCGAGCUGCUGGACUACAUUGUGAAUGAGCCUCCCCCCAAGCUACCCAGCGGCGUCUUCACCCAGGACUUCCAGGAGUUUGUAAAUAAAUGCCUGAUCAAGAACCCGGCAGAGCGCGCCGACCUGAAGAUGCUGAUGAACCACACCUUCAUCAAACGGUCCGAGGUGGAAGAAGUGGAUUUUGCAGGCUGGCUGUGUAAAACCCUGAGGUUGAACCAGCCCGGCACGCCCACGCGCACCGCCGUGUGACGGUGAUGCCGAGCCGUCGUCCCUGCCUGUGCCCUGCCCUUCCAGCCAGAGACGGGCCGGCGCCCCUGCCCCUGCACCCUGGCCCUCCGUGGAGGGCACCAUCACGGAAGACGCUGGAACAUGCUCCCGCCCCCACCCCUCCCACCUGUCAGUCAGCGCAGCUCUCUGGGUUCCGGGGAAGGGUAGCUGCUCGUCUUGCCUCCUUGGAACCUGCUUACCUAGGUUUAAGAAAAAAAAAGCGGGGGGAAAGAAAAAGCAAGUGGUGCCCAUUGUAUUUUGUUGCGUUUGGUUUUGGGGGUGUUAGCCUUUGGCUUAAAUGUCCCUGCGUGACACACCCACUGCUAACCGAAAGGUUGGCAGCUCGAGUCCACCCAGAGGCACCUCAGAAGAAAGUCCUGGCAACCAGUUUCCAAAAAGCCAGCUGUUGAAAACCCUAUGGAGCACAGUUGUCCUGUGACCCACAUGAGGUCGCCAGGAGUUGGGGUUGACGACGGCAGCUGGCAAUGUGGAUCAGCCCCAGGGUUGAGGAGCUUCCGGUGAGGACAGCCCUGCAGGAAAACCUCAGCGCCAGCUCGAGAUGGGGGAGGAAGGGAAGAAAAAUGGUGUCGGGGACUGGCUUCACCCCUUUCCAGCCUCAGCGUGGACCCCCAGGCAGCGGAAAGGGGAACCCCCACCCGCCGCCUUUCUGCCCUCUAGUAGAGAAGCUUAGCACAGGCUCCCUGGCUGUGAUCAAGUCCAGUCCCCUUUGCCUUCCCCUCCGGGUCACUUCUGCCACCUCAGAGAGCUGGCGCCAGCAGGGUGGUCCUCCGUCCCUCCUCUCAGUGACCAGAAACUUCUGCCUCCUCACCGGAAGAGCGGCAGCUGAGCUGAGAGUCGGCUCGGCAGAAAGGAAGCGUUGGGUUUACACGCGCAGACAAACCUGCACUCGCUCGCA